AGGUUCUCAAUAGGUUUCUCUCUAUAGCCCAAGGAACCAAUUCUCCAACCACAGGAUUUUCAAUAGCACAACCAUGGCUUCUCCUCCAAGAAGAAUCGCGAUUUCACAUUGUGCUGCAUGCAAGUAUUUCAAGAGGAAAUGUCCUCCAGAUUGCAUCUUUGAACCCUAUUUUCCUGACAAUGAGCCUGCAAAAUUUGAAUGCGUUCACAAAGUCUUUACCGCCUGCAACGUUGGCAAAAUGCUCAAGGCAGUUGAAGCUGAUCAAAGAGCAGAAGCUGCAAAUUCACUGUAUUUCGAAGCGCGAUCCAGGCUUGAUGAUCGAGUUUACGGAAUUACUAAGAUGCUAUCUCAGCUAAAUCGGGAAAUACAAUACAUAGAAGCUCAAACUGCAACCAUUAAAUCUGAGAUAGAGAAGAUCAAAGCUUUAGUUACCUCACAAACCGGAGCUUCAAGCUCCAACUACUCUUCAGUUGGUUAUUUGCAGCCACAGCUUCAGCCAUAUCAAGUCUCCACCUCCAACCCUAAUAGUCCUAGGGUGGAUGAACCUGUGGCUUUUACCAGAAAUAUGACAAAUCCCUAGUGAUCAGAUGACCCCUUCUCUCCAUAGUAU